AUGAGCAACAUCACCCACGAACCGGCAAAGAGCCGCCGUCAAAAUAAAGGGCUCGCCUGUGAAGAAUGUCGCUCACGUAAACUCAAGUGCGAUAUGAGCCAGCCGCAAUGUGGCACCUGUCGCAACCUGGGUGUACCAUGUGUUACGAAUACGACGCGGCGACCGCGAGGCCCGAGGAAGGGUCAUGUCAAUAUUCUUAGAUCGCGCAUCGCAUCGCUCGAGCGCCAGUUAUAUGAGAAUUCCGAGGCCCAACCGACCAGACGAGAAAGCUCAACACCUGCGCGACAAGUAUUGGAGGCAGAUCAAUCGGUAAAUGUCGACAUUGGCGACGUUGAAAAGGGCAGUGUCAUACAUUCACAGGGAUCACCGGAUGAUUUCUUUUUAGAUGCGCAGUCAAUCGGACUCCCCAAAUGGCCAUCGGCAAUCCCUUCAUUGGAAUUGGAUAGCGAAUGGUGCAAGCAUAUCGGACCCUUCCCGGAGUCUACAUACAUUUCCCCAGCACUAACCCCACCAAGCAAUAUACCCAAAUCAGUGUCGUCUGCAUGUCCGAUCGACACCAGCAUAAGCCCACUGGAACUGGGCUCCCAGGCAAUGACACCGCAGUUCCUGCCAAUCCACUUACCCGUUCAGCUGUCAGCGCUAGAGCGCGCAGAUCUAGACGAUCUUUUCUUCGACCGCGCUUACCCGUUCGCUCCCAUCGUUCAUCAGCAGCGGUACUAUACACGGGCAGCCCACGAGUCAGACGCAAGAGAGCCCUUCACCACCUUGCAAUAUGCCAUGCGAACGUUAUCAGCGUCAAUGGGAAGUCAAUUCCAGGGUGUUCUACCAAUUUUGUACACUCACACCUGCUGCUUAUUGGAUGUGUGGGAGCAAAAUAUGCCGAACGAGGCUCUUCCCAUCGAGGUGGUCCAGGCGCGGCUGCUUCUGGUUCUCUACGAGAUUCUAAAGAGCAACCCCAGCAAGGGAUGGAUUAGCGCUGGUCGCUGCUUCCAUCUUGUCCAUCUUGUGAAACUUGAUCAGAUUGAUAACCCGAAUACCUGGCAGACAUCCAGUCUUUCCUGGGUCGAGAUCGAGGAGAGACGGAGGACAUUCUGGACAGCCUAUGCGCUCGAUCGCUAUGCGAAUCUCGUCAACGGUCUGCCGCUGGCCAUGAAUGAUCAAAUGGCAAGUGGCAGCUCUGUCGUCCAGAAAGGUAACCAAAUCCUCACACGCCUGCCCGCCCCAGAGACGGCAUUUCAAAAUCAAAAGGCUGUUACGACCGAAUAUCUGGCCCCGGCCAUGGCGAAAAAAAGCGAUCAGCAGCUAUCGCCCUACGCGAACUCUAUCGUCAUGCUCACCAUCCUCGCACGUUGCCUCUCUCACCGAAACCAAUGCAAUGUGGAACGGAUCCUAGACCCCACAUCCCAGGAAUGUAUUGCACGCCAUCGAGCACUUGACAUUAUAUUGAGCCCAGAGAUCCAGAUGACAUUGUCAAGCGUCGCUCCUGACUUCGAGCCAUCCGAUCCCACAUUUAUCUUUAUCGAUAUGUUGGCGCAAGCCGCCGUGUUAGUUCUUUUUGCUGCCCUAAAUUCGGUGUCUGAAGGUGCAGGAAUGUACCAGGACAUGUACGGAAGCUAUGAGGCCAAGGCCUCCAUGGCGAUGGAAAGGGUCCUCAGCCAGGCACACAAGCUGUCCCAGAUGGGGUCUUUCAAGGCAAGACUAGUCCCUCAAGGGAUAUUCAAGCAGUUCUGA